CGGUUUCUCUUCCCCCGUUUCGUCGCUUUUGACCUCUCAAGACCUGCAGGCCCGGCGCUGACGACGCACCGGGUGCCUAGCCGCGAGACCGGCGCAUGCAACCGGCAAAUUCGCCGACUCUCGCACGAGACAGUCUCUUCCCCGUCCCUCUCCCCCGCCGCUGCGACUGUUUUCUUGAGGAGACAGGAGCAUCGCGAGGAAGGCUUGGCAGACAUCCCGCGGAAGGAGAGGAUCGUAGACCGACAGCGGCCGUCCACGACAGAAGAGAGAGCGCCAAGAGAGCAUGAGGCAGCGAAGCGACAAAAGACACAGAGACGGCGAAAGGGAGAGGAGCGAUGAAGCGAAGAGAAAGAGAACCUCGACGUAACAAGGAGGAAGAAAGAAGUGAUGUGACAGAGAUGGAGGAAAGUGACUCACAGACCAGCAGGGACAUGGGACACUGAUCUUUCGUGUAGAGGUUCCACGCUUCUCUUCUCAUCUCCAUUCUCCUUUCUGUCCAUCUACGUUGUACAAUUUUCUCAUGGGCUCUCCUCCGCUGUGUUUCUCUUCCUCUCUGCCGCCUAAAUCGUCCACUCUCGUAUGUCCUUCGCUUCUUUCCAUUUUCACCCCUCACCGCCACCAUGGCCUACUACCGCGAGCAUAUUUACCUUUUCGUCUUUGGGAUUUGUCGCCUUCUUCAACGUCGCAAUGUCUUGGCGCAGUUGCUCACUCCUCGCAUCUCUCCCCAUGCGAAUCGCAGCCUUCCUCCCAACUCCCCUCCUCCACCCCCUUCCUCUUCUUCUUCCUCGUCUUCUCCCUCUCCUUCUCCCUCGUCUUCUCCUUCUUCCUCUUCUUCUUCUUCCUCGUCUUCUUCAGGACCAUGUAGUGGCGGUCGCAGUCGAUCGACUUGCACCUACGCGAAGCCUGCUAGCUGUCAAGGAGCGUCUCUCUCCUCUCCCGCUGGAGAGGUCGCUCCUGCCCUCUGCGCUGGUCCUGCGUCUUUCGGCGCUCACCCUCUGGUGCCCUAUGAACUCAACUGGGUCGCCGCUGUGCGGCUUUCGCUGCUCGCGCGCGGCCUCAUCCGCGAAGCACGGCGGGAGAGAAGAAGAGAGAAGAAGCGGAGACAGUGGCCGUCGCUUUCUUCUCCCUCAGCCUCGUCGCGACUUCGCCUGGACCUCGCCGACGUCGUCGAUCAGGCUCUGCAGGCCCUCCGAGUGAUUCGCGCAUGCCAGCUCGUCCGACCCUCCUGGCUCUGCCGCAUGUUGGCGGAGAAGCCGCUGCAGAAGCGACUGGAAGCUUUCAUGUCGGAGGCUGCUGCGUCCUUGUCUCCUUCUUUCUCUUCUCAGUCCUUCGCGCGCGAGUCUGCGUCUCUCGCAGGAGCGUCUUUCUUGUGGGGUCCAGGUGCCGCUUCAUCUGCAUCGGGCGGGCCUCUGGCGCGAGGAGACGCAGCAGAGGCUGCUGCGUCCUUGUGGGACAGUCGGAGGAGACAGAGAGCCGAGGAGAGUGGCGGCGAGGACGCAGAGCGAGACGCGGCGAACUCGCAGGGGAGACGAGGCGAAGCAGGAGAAAAAAACAGGCAGCAUGCAGCGCAGCUCCCGACACAGAGCUACGCAGAGACGCUCCGGCCUCUCGGCGAAGCCCCGGCGGAGAAGACGAUUUUGUUGAAAGCCGACAACUUUCGAAGAGACGUCGCCAGGCGUCUGUACAGAAAAGACGAAAUGCAGGUGUCUCUCUCGGCGCUGGCUCCGACUUCGCGCGCGGCUCUUGAGGCGAUUUACAUGACGAAGCAGAACGCCGUGAUUCUUCGUCCAGGGAAUUUCGAGAAGGUUGUGCAGCUGCUGCCCUCUUGGGGAUUGCGGCAGGCAUGGUCGGCGUUCUGUUUUCCUGCUUCUGGGCCUCUGCCCGCAGACAAGGCGCCUCCAGAGUCUUCUUCUGUCGCCGCAUGCAAAUCCCUUUCGCCCUCUCAGCUGCAGAAACGAGCAGCCACACGCGAGCAGCUCGCGCGAGAUCUCAUCGACAUUCUUCAGCUUCAACAGGCCUGCGCCCACCGCGCUGGCUUCCCCAGCUGGGGGCAUAUGCAGUUAGAAACGUUUCUUGCCUGCUGUAAAACACCUGCAUGGACAGUGGGGACGACGCCGGAGACAGUGGGGACGACGCCGGAGACAGUGGGGACAGGGAAGGGGACUGGAGAUGCUGAUGAGACGAGGAAGGAGGCGUUUCCUCCCGCUGCCGAAGGAGAAGCAAGCAGAGCCUCGACGAGCCGGGUCGCAGACGCGGGGGAGAGAGGAGAGGCUGAAGAGAGCUGGAGAUCCCGCGUAACUGCCGGAAUGCCGCGGGAGGAGGGGAAGGCAUCGGCGGAGAGAAUUCUCCGGCUCUUUACUCUGGUUCAGAGGGAAAUGAAGAAGGGUGCGCGAGGCGUCGACGAGCUUGGGCAGGCAGUCGAAAGAGCAGUUGAACGCGACAGGCGAGAACGCGAGCGAGAGGCGAACAGACGCAGAGAGGCCCUCGCCACGCUCGUCGCUGCAGGGCCGAAGAGGGGCGAGAAGAAGAGCGAGAAGAAGGGCGAGAAGAAAAAGGGGAAGAAGGAAAAAAUCGAUAUUUCCGAGUGGCUCUUCGCCGCAGAGAAGGUGUUGAAGCGAGCUGGCGCAGAUCUACGCUCCAGUCGAUUUUUCUCUUUAAGUGCGACUCUCCCGAAACUGGUCGCAAUGAUGGAAGAUGUCUACGGCGUCCGACUUGUUUCCCUCAGAGGAAAAGCCUGGAAAGGCUUCGGCAGGUCCUUCGCCGGCGCGACUUACCUGAGUGAUGUGUACGCUGUUUUUGACCUUGAUGCAUCCUCUCCGUCUGGCGCUUCGUCUCCUUCUGUGUCUCCGCUUUUAACUGAAUCUUCGUCUGUGGGUGCCGCGCCCGGCCUCCUGGACGCCCUUCUGGUAUCUGCCUACGGUCCGCAGUCGUCCACGCUUUCGGAGCUUUUCGCUCAGACCGCGCAGUCGCCUCUCUCUCUGCUUUCUUCCGUCGAUCCUUCUUCCUUCCGUGGAUUUCUCUACUUCUUCCCCUGCGAACCGCUUCGCCUCUUCCACCACUUCCGCGCCUCGGGCCGCGACGCGACGCUCUCGCCCUCUGCCUCCCUCGUCGCCCCAGGUCACGCGUUCGCCUACGGGCGCCUUGCCCCCGGUCCUGCUGGCCCAGACGGAGACAGGCCUAUGACCCUGCAAGAGAUGGACAUUCUUCUGCAGGUAUUGACGGCGGGUCUCCAGUCUCUCCUGUCGUGCUCGGGGACCGCGGAAGCUUCCGGAGGCAGAACGGAUUUGGACGGCCGUUCCCCAACGGAAACGUCAACGUAUGGGCCAGUGGCGGUGGAAGCUUCGCCCCUUGCGGUCACUCCUCGCGCAUGCAGCGGUGACGUAGUGGCCAUGACAGGUCAACUUGACGUCUCACGUCCUCUGGAUGUUCAGCAAUCGUUUUGUUUUCUCUCCGGACUUCUGUUGCAAGAGCCUCCUCGACUCAAGGCGCUCGCGUUCGACCCUACAGCGAAAGGCCAGGCGAAGCGAAUGGGCGAUGACGAGGCCCGAAGCCAGAAGCCGACGAUCAUCGACUUCUUGAGUCUUAACGGUUUCUUCGUGCAUGGCUUCCUCGACUUUCACCUCCACGUCACCUUCGAGCCUCGAGGCGCCACCCCCAAGACACUCGAAACGUUUAUUCGCGACAAACUAGAAAGUGUCUUGCCCUACAAGCUGCCCGAAAACUUCGACAUUUUCUCGCUUCCCAGCCUACAGAACUACAACGCACUCGUAUCAGGGACAGGAGUGUCAUAUCUCCUCGCCCAAAUCCGCGCUGCACUUUUUCUGAAGGAGCUGCGAAGUUCGGAAAGAAAAGAAGAGAAACGUCUCUCCCUUUCUGGUGGUCGAUCCAUGGCUGGAAAGCCGUUGACUUCUUCGCGCAGAGGUGACGACCAGAGCAAGCGCGGCAAAAAGAAAGAAAAAGAGACCAAGACUCUCCGCGCAAUCAAGAGCCUCUUCUGGUACCCGGAGAGACGCGCUGCUGAACUUGGAAAACUCCUCGAUGUCGACGACGAAAAAGUGCUCAAAGAGGGAAUCAAAGAAAUCAUCCAAGAAGUAUACAGCGCCGCCGGUGGCGGGACCAAAUAGUGCAUGCACGAAACGGAAAAGCGAAGCCGCAGCGCAUGCCGACGUCCUUGUCUCAAAUCGAGGAUAAAUAGCGGACGUCCCCCGAGGAGGAGAGUACAAAAAAACAAAGAAGGCAAGAUCGAAGUGUAUGCAUUUGUGCAGUCUCAGGGCGGAACCGAUGUUGUACAAUGAAUAAAUGAGAAUGGAGAUAUGAAUAGGAACGGAAACACGGCACAGGAACAGGAGGGACUUAGAGACAAAUUGACAGGCAG